UCCAGAAACUGACAGACCCCAUAGUUAGUAUCCUCGCGAACAAUUGUACCAUGGUUGUAGAGGAUUACGUAGAGGGAGUUCAGGCGUAUUUCCGCCUAGAGAAAGAUGGGAAGGUGGAGAAGGUGCUCCACUCCCUGACUCUCCUCGUAGAGCAUAGCCUCCCGUUUGAUAUAGUACUGGGAAUGGAUUGGGGAGAGGCAGCCGGGGCAACGCUCCAUCUGAAGGAGCACGARUGYAGACUCCCUAGUUCUGCAGGCGAGGCUAAGACUGCCCGCCUGUUUCAUGUGUCAGGAGUAGAGAAUUCCUUGGCACAUUGCUGCCUUAGUGCCCCUGCGUUCGCCAGAUUGGUGAAGAAGGAGAAAUUAGAGGAACAAGUCUUUGUUACCUAUGUUAGGCCCGUCACUGAGCCUACGGAAGAGAAGCCGAUGGACCCUGCGAUUGCCAAGCUGCUGGAGGAGUUUAAGGAUUUGACUGAGCCGCCGACAGGCACGGUGCCGCGACCCAUCCAGCACCGUAUCGAGAUAGACCCUGGCAGUAGAACUCCUAAGGGUGUUGUGUAUAGGAUGUCCCCGCGGGAGUUAGAGGAGCUUCGCAAGCAAUUAGACGAGCUCCUCGAUAAGGGUUGGAUUAGGCCCAGUUCGUCUCCUUUCGGAGCACCUGUUCUCUUUGUUUCUAAAAAAGAGGGAGAGCUGAGAGAGGUACACCCUGAUGAUCAGUAUAAGACAGCCUUCCGGACUAGGUACGGGCAUUAUGAGUUUAUAGUGAUGCCCUUUGGACUAACCAAUGCGCCAACAACUUUUCAGCGGUGUAUGAAUGAUUUGUUUAGGCCGUGGUUAGACAAAUUCGUUGUAGUUUAUCUCGAUGACAUCCUAGUGUUUAGCCGGACCCUCGAAGAGCAUCGGGGUCAUCUCAGGCAAGUCUUGGAGAAGUUGAGAGAAGUUAACUUCAAGAUCAACGCAAAGAAGUGCGAUUGGGCGAAGACCCGAGUUUUGUAUCUAGGCCACGUCUUAGACGGAGACGGCGUUAAGCCAGAAGAUAGCAAGAUCGCAGCGAUUAGAGAUUGGCCCACGCCACGUACGCUGACAGAGUUGUGCUCGUUCAUGGGCUUAGCGAAUUACUACAGGAAGUUCGUAAGAAACUUCUCCACCAUCGCUGCGCCCCUUCGCACAUUGCUGAGAAAAGAGACAAUCUGGAAGUGGGACAAGGACUGCACGUCCGCCAUGAAGAAGCUAAAGCAGACGUUGAUAGAGUAUCCGGUCCUUAAGGUCGCCGAUCAGUCCUUGCCUUUUGUUGUUACUACGGAUGCUAGCCAGUACGGCAUAGGCGCAGUGUUACAACAAGACGAUGGCAAUGGCUAUAGACCCGUAGAGUUCAUGUCCGCUAGGAUGCCUUCAGAGAAGGUUGCGACAUCUGCCUAUGAGAGGAAACUCUACGCUCUCAGGCAAGCAUUAGACCACUGAAAGCACUACUUGCUUGGGAGGCACUUCAAAGUCUAUUCGAACCAUGAAACGUUACGAUGGUUAAAGACCCAGGCCAAGAUGACACCUAAGCUUACUAGGUGGGCCGCAAAGAUAGAUCAGUACGACUUUGAGCUCCAGCCUGUCAAAGGGAAGUACAACGUAGUCGCGGAUGCUCUGAGUAGGAGAGCAUAUUACUUUGGGGCAACAGUACAUUACCUCGAUAUAGGAAAGGAUCUGCAGCAGAAGGUUAGAGAAGCCUACGCUCAGGACCCUAUCUAUAGUGAGCUCCUCACGCGAGUCAAGGAGGCCCCAGAGACCGAGCCGAACUACCGCACUACUGGAGGGUUACUCUUCGAGAACACUAAUGUCUUUGACCGGUUGUGCAUCCCCAAUAG